GUGGAAGUAUUUGGUUGUAUAUUAACGGACUACGGGGGAUGCGGCCUUGCCGGUCAACUUUUGUUGAGGGGGCUUCUGGGGCUGCUCCUCGGCUGGCGUGUGCGCUGAAAGGCGCGCUAACGACCGUUAGCCGGACAGCUAGUUUAGCCAACUGUCCUAAACGUUAGCUCACGUCUCGGCUCGGCUUCUUCUCGUCACUACAACUAACUGCUUCUCGGUGUCCGAAUCCUUCCGCCCAGCAGUCAUUUGUGCCCGACGUCAUGAGACCAGUUAGGAGCAGUGUGCGCUGACCCUGCGGUUCCGCAAGUCGUGCCCGGCCGGCGCCCACCAUGGAGCUCUGCUUUCGCCUGCCGUCCCACGGCGGGCUCCGGAGAGCUUUUCUCCCGCACAGAAGCGCGCUGUCCCCCGCCUGGCUGCCGCACUGCUCCGCGUGCGCACGUGCGCACAGCCGCGUGAGCGAGCGCGCCGGCGGAGGGUCUCUGCGGGGAGCGGAGGAGGACAGGAGCCGCAGGAAGUCUUUCCACAGCGCUUUUUUCUGUAGAAACAGAGUAACAGAGGCGUCUCAAGCAGCUCUGUCCAGCGUAGUUCCUGUGUUUGCAGUUAUGAAAUUUGACAAAGAAGGGAAUGUCACCUCAUUUGAGAGGAAAAAGACAGAGUUGUACCAGGAGCUGGGUCUGCAAGCACGGGACCUGAGGUUUCAGCACAUCACCAGCAUCACUGGGAGGAACAACUGCAUCAUCAUGCGCAUGGAGUCUUUGAAGGCUGUGGUGACACCGCAGGACUUGUUGAUCCUGGACUUCCGUGGCCUGGGCCUGGAGCGCUGGCUGCUCUGGGAGCUGGCCCCACAACUGGUGGGAGAUGGAACCCUGGCAACCUCCUCCCUGCCCUUCGAAUUCAGAGUCAUCGAAGCCAUACUGCAGCACAGGGUAAAUAACCUGCAGACCAGGCUGAACGAAGUACAGCCUCUGAUCCUGGAUACACUGGAGUCCCUGGUGGACCCCAAGCUCCUCUCUGCAGAUCGCAGCCUGCUGCAUGUGCUCCUGCAGAACAGUAAAAGCCUGUCAGAGUUGGAGACGGACAUCAAAGUCUUCAAGGAGUGUCUUCUAAAAAUCCUCGAUGAGGAUGAACUCAUUGAAGAACUGUGUGUCACCAAGUGGACUGACCCACAAGUGUUCGAGGAGAGCAGCCUGGGGAUUGACCAUGCUGAGGAAAUGGAGCUUCUUCUGGAGAACUACUACAUGCAAGCUGAGGCCUUGGGCAACAAAACGCGUGAGCUGAAGGGCCUCAUUGACGACUGCGAGAGUGUCAUAUUCAUUAACCUGGACAGCCACCGGAAUGUGAUGAUGCGUUUGAACCUGCAGCUCACCAUGGGCACCUUCUCACUGUCCCUCUUUGGUCUAAUCGGUGUGGCCUUUGGUAUGAAUCUGGAGUCUUCUUUAGAAGAGGAUCCCCGUGUGUUCUGGCUCGUGACAGGGCUUAUGUUCUUGGGCAGUGGACUAAUCUGGAGACGUUUGUUGUCCUUCUUGGGUCGACACCUGGUGCCAUCCUCCCCGCCCACGAUUUCACCUGUGUGGAAGAGAGGCCAGGUGAACACCCUGAGAGGUGCCGAGCCCAGGAGCGGUGUGAAAUGAGAGAUCUUCAGCAUGCUCAUAUGUGGUGGUGGUGGUGGUGGUGGUGGUGAUGAUGACGACGACGACGAUGGCCUUUGUUGACUGACUCCUUGCAAAGAGAACAAGGACUUGGGCAGUUUAAGGGUUGUGUCUUUAACAUAGGUAAAGGCAGGAUAUUGGGACUUUGCUAGUUAUGAUUAAUAACCACAGUUGUUACCAGAUUACAUGUUACAUCUUUCAUGUUACAUGUGGCCUCUUUAUUUUAAUUAUGAAUUUAUUUUUACUGCCCUGAAUACAUUUAUGUAUCUGUGUAACACCUUACCUUUCCCUCAGUGUUGGACCUGGUCUAUAUUAAUUUUCAUGGAAGGGAUGGCGGGUGAUGGGUACUCUCUAAGAUGAAAUGUGCAAUAGUGUUUCAAUGUCUUCAUGAAAUAAUUAGUCUAAUUAUUCUGGGUGCAGACAUGACCACGGCUUCACACGAGUAAUAAAAUAUACAUUUCCUACUGUCCAAGCCCAUAAACUUGAGCUUUGUUGUGUGAAUUGUCUGCUUGUUUGUGA